AUGUAUAUGCAAAGCAAUGGACCACUCAUAAACUUUGUUCACAGAGUAUGUAAACAGAUUCGAGGCAGAGUACAUCCUAAAACCAAGGCAAUAACUUUAAUCAAAGGAUUUGAUGUAUCAGAAACUGGUAUUCUGUCAGUAUCAGAGACAAUUAAAGACAAACUUUGUAUACCAGUUUGUACAUUGAGUGGAGCUAAUAUUGCUAAUAAAAUAGCUGCACAGAAUUUUUCAGAUAUAUACAACAAUUUGGGACGUUACUGGAGUGGAAUUGUAUGGAGCAUUGAAAAUGUUAUUGUGAUAGGAGCAGGAAUAGUUGAUGGAUUGAAAAGGGGUGAGAAUACAAAGAUGACAAUAAUUAGAGUGGAAUUUUUGGAGAUGAAGAAGUUUAUUCAAAUGUUUUAUCAUGGUGUUAAAGAAGAAACAUUUUCUGAGUUGUGGAAUUGCCAAUGUGAUUGCUACUUGUUAUGGAGACAGAUUUGCUGA